UUGAGUUGAAGCUGGAGAGUUGUGAAAUAUUGUUAGAUAAGGCUGUUACAGACCUCCUGUAUGUUACAGGUAAAACGUAGGUAAAUUACAAUAGCAUUAUUGUUUAUGUGGAAUAUAUCAUUAGUAACAUUUAACUUGCACAGCACAUGAACUCUGACCAAGUUCUUUUAUUGAUGUCAUUGGAAACAGUUUGUCUCCAUUGUUUCUAAGAACUUUUAGGGUUUACUCCUUGUCUCCUGAUGACAGACAGUCAGCCAUUUGUACAUCUCAACACUGGCACUCGGAUGCCUCUGUUGGGUCUGGGUACAUUCCGUUUAAAGGGACAAGAGGAAACCUACAAUGCUGUGGAUGCUGCUUUGACAGCAGGUUACCGUGCUUUUGACACAGCCGCAGUUUAUCGUAAUGAAGCACACAUAGGUCAUGCCCUCCGUUGCCUGCUUCCUAAGCAUGGACUCUCACGAGAGGAUGUUUUCAUAACCAGUAAACUGGGUCCCAGGGAUCAGGGCUCCAAAGCAAAGCAUGGCUGCCUGAGGAGUCUGGAGCAGUUGGGACUAGUCUACAUUGACUUAUACCUUAUUCAUUGGCCAGGUACUCAGGGGCUGCCAGUGGGGGAUACACAAAACCCUGGAAACCGUGCUCAAAGCUGGGGAGUUUUGGAGGAAUUCUACUCCGAAGGAAAGUUUCGGGCAAUUGGGGUAUCUAAUUACACUAUAGAUCAUAUGCUGGAGCUUCUGAAGAGUUGUAAAGUCCCCCCGGCUGUUCUUCAGGUGGAGUUCCACCCAAAGCUGGCCCAAAAGGAGCUGAGAGGACUGUGUGAGGAGAGAGGUGUGUGUUUUCAGGCAUAUUCCUCUCUUGGAACAGGAGUUCUUUUGUCAGACCCUGUGGUUCAGGAUGUAGCAAGAGAGUGUGGGAGGACAUCAGCCCAGGUUUUGCUGAGGUGGGCUGUACAACAGAAUAUUCCAGUAUUGCCAAAAUCAAGUCAGCCAAAACGCGUGGAGGAGAACAGGCAUCUGUUUGACUUCGAGCUUGGAGAGAAGGACAUGGAAAGGCUCUCUGCUCUUGAUUGUGGGGAGAAGUUUUGCUGGGAUCCCACACAAGUGUCUUAAAGACAAUUAAAGGGAUAGUUCCCCCCAAAAUGAAAAUUUUCUCAUCAUUUACUCACCCUCAUGCCUUCCCAGAUGUGUUUGACUUUGUUUCUUCUGCAGAACACAAAUUAUGAUUUUUAGAAGAAUAUUUCAGCUCUGUAGGUCCAUACAAUGUAAGUGAAUGAUGACCAAAAUUUUGAUGCUCCAAAAAGCACAUAAAGCCAUCAGAAAAGUAAUCCAUAUUUUCAGAAGCGAUAUUAAAGGUGUGAGUGAGAAACAGAUAAAUAUUUACGUCUUUUUUUAGAAAUUCUUCUUCCUGCCCAGUAGAGGGCAAUAUGCAUGAAGAAUGUGAAAACACAAGAAGAUGAAUGUGAAAGUGAAUGUUAAAGUGGAGAUUGACUGAGCAAGUAGGAGAAUUUGUAAUAAAAAUUGACUUAAAUAUUGAUCUGUUUCUCACCCACACCUAUCAUAUCGCUUCUGAAGACAUGGAUUAUACCACUGGAGUCAUAUGGAGUACUUUUAUGCUGAUUUAUGUGAGUUUUGGAGCUUAAUUUUUGGCACCCACUCAUUUGCAUUGUAUGGACCAAAAGAGCUGAGAAAUUCUAAAAAUCUUCAUCUGAGUUGAAAGAAAGUCAUCCACAUCUGUGAUGGCAUAAGGGUGAGUAAAUGAUGAGAGAAUUUUUCAUUUCUGGGUAAACUAUUCCUUUCAUUGACAAAAACUCAAAUUAUUGCUUAACUGAUCAAAAUUCCAAGGUUCACAUGUUAUUGUGACAAGUGCCAAGGCACAAAUAUAAGUUUUUUUAGAGAUUAGCUAGCUGACUCAAACUUGCUUGACAAUUCAAUAGUUAAAGGGAUAGUUCACCCAGAAAUGACAAUUCUCUCAUCAUUUACUCACCCUCAUGCCAUCCCAGAUGUGUAUGACUUUCUUUCUUCUGUGGAACACAAAUUAAGAUUUUAGAAGAAUAUUUCAGCUCUGUAGGUCCAUACAGUGCAAGUGAAUGGUUGCCAAAACUUUGAAGCUGCUAAAAGCACAUAAAGGCAGCAUAUAAGUAAUCCAUUCAACUUUAGUUUAAUCCAUGUCUUUUUAAGCUAUCCAAUCGGUUUCAGGUUAGAACAGACGAAAAAAAUCUCAAAUCAUGAUUUCAAGCUCGAUUACACUUCCCAGUGCUUGACACAUACGGAGAGUGCUUGAUGGUGCUAGGAAGAGUUAUCAAGCUUGAAAUCAAGACCAUCAAGGAGACUGCUGAUGUCAAGUUUUAUAGUGAAAAAUGAGUUAUACUUUGGUAUGUUCUCACCUGAAAAAUCGCUUUUGAUCGCUUAAGAAAACAUGGAUUUAACCACUGGAGUCAUAUGGAUUAAUUUAUGCUUCCUUUUUGUGCUUUUUGGAUCUUCAAAAUUCUAGUCAGCAUUCACUGCAUUGUAUGGCCCUACAAAGCUAAUAUAUUCUUCUAAAAAUCUUAAUUUGUUUUCUGCAGAAGAAAAAAAGUCAUACACAUCUGGGAUAGCAUGAGGGUUAAUAAAUGAUGAGAAAAUUGUAAUUUUUGUGUGAACUAUCCCUUUAACUGUGAGUUAGAAGUUCUGAUGCAAUGUAAAAAUAUUUUACUCGGACUUUUGUUGAAAACAAUUUAGACAUAAACAAGUUGAAAUGAUUACAGAGAUUAUUUACUUCACUCUAGUUGACUGGGUUAUACUUUGAGGAGUGGAGUUUUAAGCUGUAUGUCCAUGUGCAAUCUCUGGACCACAGAUAGAACAAAUCAACAGAACAUAACAGAACUAAACUCAGUGCAUUUGAUGUACAUUACCAAACACAAACAUUGGGAAAGAGUAAUAUUUGCUUAUAACAUUUUUGUGUCCUGGCCUAAUUCUCCCCAUUGGCCCUUCUCAGUCAUGGCCUCCUAAUAAUCCCCAUCCAUUAACUGGCUGUAUCACUCUACUCUUUCCUCUCCACCAUUAGCUGGUGUGUGGUGAGUGCACUGGCGCACUAUGGCUGCCGUCGCAUCAUCCAGGUGGAUGCUGCACACUGGUGGUGGUUGAGGAGAGUCCCGUCAUCUAUGUAAAGCACUUUGAGUGUAGUGUCAGAAAAGUGCAACGUUUUACGCAACAGGUGUAACAUUCAUCCAUUCAUUCAUUCCACUUUAGUGAGAAAGAAGCACAACUUGAGUUCAAAUGAUGGGGUGAAUUAGGCUUUUAUUAGAAUAUAUUGGUUACAAACAUUAACAAAGUAAAAUAUUGGUUACAAACAUUAACAAAGUAAAAUAUUGGUUACAAACAUUAACAAAAUAAAACAUCAUCAGAACAAAAUGUUUAUUGUAUUGAAAAACUAAGUUAUCAAAAAUUACAUUUUCAAGUAAUACCAUUAAUGAUGGUGUUCUCUGUUCUUGCUCUCUUGGGUAUAUAGACCCAUUCUUGUUUUUUGGCUCUUGGCUUUUCAGUGUUGAAGCCAUUAUGCCUGUGGGUUGUAGACCAUUCCUGAAGGUUUUUAUGACUCCAAGAUAAAGGCCUCCCCAAAGUGGUCAAAGUCCCUUGACAGUAUGAACCCUGUAUGUGCCACUGUGGAUAAAAAUGCUACCAAGUUCAUGUUCUUGUACAGAAGAUUGUCUAAAAAUAUUGUUAAAAAAAUCAUUUAACAGUGUACAAUAAAACUCCUCAGACUUC